AGGCAACCGCGGAGACGCCGUCGUCAACCUGCCGCGCUGGGAACCAGAGGCGCGGGUCACAGAGACCUCGAACUGCUGGAAUCCUUCGCCCCCGGCGCGCAGCCUUCGCCCGCCGGAAUCGCUGCCUUAUCCACCAGCUCGGGACGCUUACCUCGCCCGCCCUCUCGGGUCAGGCGGGCCCGGGAGGAUGGGAGGGUAGCUCCUGAGCGGGAGCCGCCUCGUCUUCCACCCGACAUAUUGCCUAGAGGUUGCUGUGACUUAGAUCUUGAUCCAGAGAUGGAGAAAUCAGGCUCAUCUUCUUCUACCAUUUCUGAGCAGCAGCUGCAGAGGCAAGAGGGAUGGAGUAACACCAAAACAGACUUAGCUGAGCAGAGGCUCAUUUCAUCUGAGACAUGGCUUCAACUGCAUGGGCUUAAGAGCAACAAAUUGACCUUGAAACAGAUUGUGUCACAGAUUGGAUUCCCACAUUGUGAAGGUUAUGUGGCAUCUCUGGGGAGACUUGUGGCUUCUCGGUAUGCUGAUGGUCUGUUUCCACAGCUCUACAGAGCAGAAGAUGGCAGAGUAUACAAUCUGACAGCUAAAUCAGACCUGAUUUAUCAGUUCGUGGAACAUUUAACACAAGCUGUGGAGAGCUACAAGCAGCGAAUGGACUGGCUCACCAGCAAAAGCCGGCAGAUUUUUGGUGUCAUCUUGGAACAGUGCAUCACCAUAGUGUUGGAUUUUGGCGGCAUUCUGGAGGGAGAGCUUGAUCUGUGCCGAGAGGCUCUAACAAUGGUCCUCCAGGAGCAGGUGGCUCACAUAAGCAACUUCAAUAUCAUACGGGUUUCUCAAGAGCCUGUGAAAUGGCAGGAAAAUGCUACUCCUGUGACCAAACAGUCCAUAGCUGCUGCUAUCAGCUGGGUUGAGAGACUGACUAUUGAGCUGACUGUGAGCAAGGUUGGCUGCAUAGAUGCUCUUCUGGAAGCUGGGAAAGACAAGACUAUCGAAUCCAUUUACUACUUUGUGGUGGGGGAUGUUCCUGAAGAAUCCAAGGAGCUUCUCCUCCAGAGUGCCUUGGAGAACCUGUAUCCGGUCCACACAGUAUCCUUCAAUGCCAGAGGGGAAGGCACUAUAGCUUUCCUAAAGGACCUGAGUGCCAAGACCCACGGCAGAUUCCACGCCUUUGCCGAGAGAACAGAGUGUGUAGAAUUUCCUGCAUUCUCCACAAAAGAUGGUGACUAUGUGAUGACUUGGAAUUCAAGGAAACUGAAAGGAAAACUCCCUCCAGGAGCCGGUGUCAGAGAGGACGUGUUUCUCAUUUGGCGGGAGAUGGAGGAAGCCCACAGCACACUGGCCCAGAUCCAGAGGCUGGUGGCCGAGCCUCCCAAGCCCGACGUGGCCACAGUGGACUGCGAGUCAGAAACAACCUCUGUUGAGAUUUCAUCGAAUCCAGAAGACACCUGGGACUCUAAGACGUGGCUGCGGAAAUAUGGCUUGAAGGCCCAGAAGCUGUCCCUGUACGAUGUCCUUGCUGACUGCUCUUUUCGCCACGCUGAUGGGGUUGUAGAUAUAAAAGCCAAGCCGGAGAACGAGUCUGUGCAGACCAGUGCGGAGACCAGCAAGAAGACAGUCCAUGCAAAAUAUUGCAGCAGAUUUGUCCAUGCUCCCUGGAAGGAUGGGAGCUUGGUGCACGUCAGCAUUACCAAAGAGAAAUGCAAGUGGUACAGUGAGAGAAUCCACACAGCCCUGGCCCGGAUCCGAAGGAGGAUUAAAUGGCUACAGGAUGGGAGUCAAAGCCUCUUUGGAAAAUUGCACAAUGAUUGCAUCUACAUUCUCAUUGACACGUCUCACUCAAUGAAGAGCAAACUGGAUUUGGUGAAGGACAAGAUCAUUCAGUUCAUACAGGAACAGCUGAAAUAUAAAAGUAGGUUUAAUUUCGUGAAGUUUGAUGGUCAAGCAGUUGCUUGGCGGGAACAACUUGCUGAAGUCAAUGAACAGAAUUUGGAACAGGCUCAGUCCUGGAUUAGAGACAUGAAGAUUGGAAGUUCCACAAACACCCUGAGUGCCCUGAAAACUGCUUUUGCUGAUAAAGAAACACAGGCCAUCUACCUUCUGACUGAUGGGAGACCUGAUCAGCCACCUGAAAUGGUUAUAGACCAGGUCAAAGUUUUUCAGGAAAUUCCUAUUUAUACCAUCUCCUUCAAUUACAAUGAUGAGAUUGCAAACAGAUUUUUGAAAGAGAUUGCUGCUUUGACUGGAGGAGAGUUCCAUUUUUAUAAUUUUGGUUGCAAGGAUCCCACUCCUCCAGAGGCUGUUCAGCAUACUCCCUUCUCAUUUUGGCAGAAUGAAGAUCUGACCCUUUUAGAUGAGGAAAUGGAACAGGGUUACCGUGACCUGGAGAAGAUACAAGACCUUUAUUCCGAGUCCUUGAUCAUGGACUGGUGGUACAAUGCAGGAAAGGAUGGGGACAGCAAGCAUCAAAAAGAAAUCUGUUCUAUGGUUUCAACCCCAGAAAUAUGUGCAAAGCCUCAACCUGAUGUCAGUUCAACACAAACUUCAUCCCUGAAUAUGUUGAAGGGACCAUGGGGCCUUUCCGAUCAAAAGGUUCAGAAAAAGAAAGUCCUCCAUGCAGAAUCAACCAAAACCAGCCUGCUCAGAAACCAGAUGUCCUCCCUCAGGAGCUCAGCUUGCAAUAAAAGGAAGGACGGCCUCUCCAAUGCCAGCAGCCGGAGGACUGCUCUAAGUGACAAAGACAUGAGCAUCCUGCUGGCUGAGGAGUGUCUGGAUGACCAGUCAUCAGAAAGGGUGACCCAAGAAGGAAGCCAGGUUUAUGACCACAAUUCUUCAGAUGUGUCUUCAGAAAACUGGCUCAAGACCUAUGGCUUGGUUGCCAAGAAACUCACCCUCAUGGAUGCCUUGUCAGUGGCGGCGGUCCCCCACAGCUCCACCUAUGUUCCUGUCCUGGACAAGCAUGUCAUGUCUAAGGUCUUUGAUGAGGUGUUCCCUGUGGCACAUGUGUGCAAUGACACAAAUAAGAUGACAUUAAUUAACCCCCAAGGAGUCAAGCUCAAUAUCUACAAGCAAAAAGUGGAACAGGCAAUUCAAUCCUAUGAAAAGCGCUUGAAUAAAAUUGUUUGGCGAGCAUUAUCUCAAGAGGAAAAAGAAAAGUUAGAUGCAAACAAACCAAUACGGUACUUGGAAAACAAAACAGUUUUAAACCAGGCUUUACAACGGUUGAAUUGGCCCAUUUCAUUGAAAGAGCUGUCGAUGCUGGAAAAUGAAAUCCUUACUGGGAAAAUGUACAUCCAGCAGGCCAUGGAACUCCAGGAGGCUGCCAAGAAGAAUUAUGCAAACAAGGUCCCGGGAGAGCAACAGAAAUUGCAAGGAAAUCCAACAAAGAAAACCAAAUCAAAAAGACCAGAUCCCCUCAAAGGACAGAGGGUUAUUGCAAGAUGUGAUGAAAAUGGCUUUUAUUUUCCAGGGGUUGUGAAGAAGUGUGUGAGCCCCACCCAAGCACUGGUGGGCUUCAGGUACGGAGACACCAAGGUUGUGUCCACCUCCUUCAUCAUGCCUGUAGGGGGCGCCAUGCCCUGCCCGCUGCUCCAGGUUGGAGAUUAUGUGUUUGCCAAAAUCGUGAUACCCAAAGGAUUUGACUUCUACGUCCCUGCCAUUGUCAUAGCACUUCCCAAUAAGCAUGUGGAUGCAGAAAAAUUCUACACGGUUUUGAAGUGUAACAACCGGAGAGAAUUUUGCCCUCGGAGUGCACUUAUUAAGAUCAGCCAAAACAAGUAUGCGCUCUCCUGCUCUCAUAUAAAGUCACCCCCAAUUCCUGAGGAUCCAAAAGUAGAGGAUAUAGAGAUGAGGAGCUCUGCUUUCCUCCGCUGGCCACUGAAAGAAGCAGACACACAGGAUUCCAGAGAGCCAAGACAAGAGAAGCCCAGGAGAAAAGAGAGGCCCACCAAGCAGCCACCUCUCCAGCAGGCGGCACCCUCGGACUCCGGCCGCUCCUCCCACAGCACCAGGUCCCCUGGGUCCUGCCCUGGGACACACCCCAAGCCCAAGGUUUGGUUGGGGGUGGGGGACACCACAUCGCUUAUCUUGGAAACACCCUGAAAUCCCUUUCAAGAAUAGUACACCUGACAUCAUCCCCCAGAUUCUGGGCCUCUUUAGGUUCCAGUGCAGCAAAGACCCUAACAUCCUUAAGUAAUGCUGACCUUCGCUUCCCCAGACGCCCCACCUCCACUUCCCCUCGGCCGGGUGUCUAGGACUCAGCAGCCAUGCCAUCAUUGCCACGCUUCCACCCCCAGCAGCCCUGCCCUAUACGCUCAAAGCCAUCCCCAGCAGCAAAGGACCGACCUGAAGGCUGUCUGGUGGCAGCAAUGUUAAAGAGACCAGCGUCCUCCCAGGCUGCCCAGACCUCAGCCUCAACACUGGAACUGGCCCCUCUGCUGAGGUAAUGCCACCCUCCGUGCCACCCCUGCCUGCCCUGUCUAUAGCAAAGGCUCCUGUCACCUUCAUCCCCACUGCCUCUCCUACCCACAUGACAACACUGGUUCUGGCUUUUUUGACUGUUCUUUUUCCUGUUUUUCCCCUGUACUCACAAAAUUGUAUUCCAUCUUCUGGUAGACGCCCCACCCCCAGAAGUUUUAACCUGAAAGAUGAUUGUCACAGGACUUUCAAAUUGUUUAGAAGUCAGCAUAAGUCAGGAUCCAAGCCUGUAAUCUUGUUUUAAAUUAAUUAUCACAUCUAAAUUAGAGAUUUCGUCACCCAGUGUUAGGACUGAAAUUCAGACCUGGUAGCAUGUCUGAGGUCUGCAAGACCGAACAUUCCCUGCUUUAUUGUUUUCUGACAUUUUCAUUGAGCUUUUCCUAAUUCUUUUUGUCUGUAGUCUUGUAGGUAUCUCUAAUUGAGCAGGAAACCAGAACAAAAACUCUUACAUUGGAAACAUUUCAAAGCCA